AUGAUUGGUGAGGUCAGACGACACCCUCGAGGCCUUUGGACUUACGUUUUCGCAGCUGGCGCAGAGCGGGGCUUCGGGACAGCCGAGUUAUCACGGGAUUGCAGGGACGGAAAGAACGAUCCCGAGGAAGGGUUUCGGGGUUUGUACAGAGGUCUGGGACCUACUAUUCUCCCUCCCUACGUGGGCCAUAUGUUCCGCCGUUUACGAUGGGAUCAAGAAUAUUUUGGGGAACUGCCGCCGGGCACUAGGGAGAGACUCUAUCCCGCAGCUCAAGUGAAGGGAUACCAGCCGAUAAUGCGCGAGCACCCCUGGUCACCCCACAUCUUGUCUGCGGCCAGUACAAUAUGUACGGAUCCAUUGUGGGCCAUCAAAAUGCGGUUCAUGACUCAGCUGCCCGGAGACAUCAGGAUUGUGUUGGCAGUUUGGAUGUCGGGUCGGGUCAUGGGAACUCUAGAGCGCUAUUGA